AUGCACAGCCCAAGCGUCACCGAUACGAGGGUGACGCCGGCGGAGACCUCUGAAUGUCAAGGUGCUGAAGUCCUUCCGCCAGCCAGCUCAGCGCCCCUGCGUCCUUCCGAGGAAGAUUCCUUCUUGGGAUUCUUCAGGUCGGAGACAUCUCUUCGAGAUCAAGGUGCUGAUUCUCGCCUUUCCGGCCUUUCCGAGGAAGCUGAUGACUUCUUGGGGCCCGACUUUGGUGCGGGACUGGCCGGUGGUGCCGCAAGCGAGCUGGGAGCGCCGCUGGCCGGGCCCGCGCUGGCCGGGCCCGCGCCGGCCGUGCCGGCAGGCCCAAACUAUGCGCAGAUGCCUUGGCUGGUGGAAAAGCCCCUGGCAGGUCACAAGCAUCCGCCCGCUCCUCGUGCUGCCUACGGCCGCGCCGCCACUGACGGAGGACAGAGCAUCCCUGCUGAGACGUUUUUGAAGGUGGCGGACGCGCAGCGUCAGAUAGAGCGGCGUUGGGCGCGGGCCGAGCAAGCCGAAGUGGAGGCGUUGUUUGAUGAAAUGGAACGCGAGCUGGACGACGCCCAGCCUGAGCGCCGCGCGCGCUGA